AUGCGUGAAAUUGUACACAUUCAGAUUGGUCAGUGUGGUAAUCAGAUCGGAUCCAAGUUCUGGGAGGUGAUUGGCGAGGAGCACGGCAUCGACCCUGCAGGGAGUUACUGCGGCGACUCGGACCUGCAGCUGGAGCGGAUCAACGUAUACUACAACGAGGCCCACGGUAAAAAAUAUGUGCCCCGGGCUGUCUUGGUGGACCUGGAGCCUGGGACCAUGGAUAGCAUCCGGUCUAGCAAACUGGGAGCCCUCUUUCAGCCGGACAGUUUUGUUCAUGGUAACUCCGGGGCGGGCAACAACUGGGCCAAGGGCCAUUACACGGAGGGGGCGGAGCUGAUCGAGAGCGUGCUAGACGUGGUGAGGGGCGAGAGCGAGAGCUGCGACUGUCUGCAGGGCUUCCAGAUAGUGCACUCGCUGGGCGGGGGCACGGGCUCCGGCAUGGGCACGCUGCUCAUGAACAAGAUCCGGGAGGAGUACCCCGAUCGCAUCCUCAACUCUUUCAGCGUCAUGCCCUCGCCCAAAGUUUCGGACACGGUGGUGGAGCCCUACAACGCCGUGCUGUCUGUCCAUCAACUCAUCGAGAACGCCGACGCCUGCUUCUGCAUCGACAACGAGGCCCUCUACGACAUCUGCUUCCGCACCCUGAAGCUGACCACACCCACCUAUGGGGACCUCAACCACCUGGUGUCCCUGACCAUGAGCGGCAUCACCACCUCCCUGCGCUUCCCGGGCCAGCUCAACGCCGACCUGCGCAAGCUGGCGGUGAACAUGGUGCCCUUCCCGCGCCUGCACUUCUUCAUGCCCGGCUUUGCCCCACUCACUGCCCGCGGCAGCCAGCAAUACCGCGCCCUCUCGGUGGCCGAGCUCACCCAGCAGAUGUUCGAUGCCCGCAACACCAUGGCCGCCUGCGACCCGCGCCGCGGCCGCUACCUGACAGUGGCCUGCAUCUUCCGGGGCAAGAUGUCCACUCGGGAGGUGGACGAGCAGCUGCUCAUCGUGCAGACGAGGAACAGCAGCUGCUUCGUGGAGUGGAUUCCAAACAACGUCAAGGUGGCCGUGUGCGACAUCCCGCCCCGGGGGCUCAGCAUGGCGGCCACCUUCAUUGGCAACAACACCGCCAUCCAGGAGCUGUUUACCAGGGUGGGGGAGCACUUCUCCGCCAUGUUCAGGAGGAGAGCGUUUGUGCACUGGUACACGAGCGAGGGGAUGGACGUGAGUGAGUUUGGAGAGGCCGAGAGGAAUGUCCACGACCUAGUGUCUGAGUACCAACAGUUUCAAGACACCAAGGUGGUGGAGGAGGACGACGAAGUCACGGAAGGGUUGGAGGCCGAGCCAGGGGAUGAGGGGCGUUAG